GGGCAAGUACUAGCGGAGACAAUUGCUGAGGCCGACCAGGCCAACCGCGGCCAUUGCAGUUGGCCUGCGCAACAUGCGCGCUCAAUUUAAGGCAAACUGUCAACAGUCGCAAACCCAAGUACCAAAUUCUCAAGAAAAAUCUGUUGCAAUUGAAACGCCAGCAAAAUUCGCACUUCUCGGCUGACAAAGCAAGCCCUAACCAGCCAAGCUUCGCGUGCCGAAGCAUCCUCGCUCGCUUGUCCAAAACGUCAGAAUGACUUCCGAGGUUCCCACCACCAGCCGGCAAGGCAGCGUGGUGCCCUUCACUCGCAUUGAGGGCCCCGACGCCUGGGUUGCGGCCGACUUCCCGAACCUUGAGAAGGAAAUGUUUCACCUGACGCCCGAGCACAUCGCCGAGCUUGAUGCAGCCGUGGACAAGGUCAUUGCAAGCGGCAAGCCCCUGCAGGAGGUGUCCCUGGCUGAUGUCCACCUGCCCACGCUAUCGCUGCCGCUGAUUGAUGUGGGUCAGCAGGCUCAGCACGGCCGCGGCUGGUCGCUGCUGCGCGGCGUGCCCGUGCAGCGCUACAGCCGCCAGCAGCAGCUGACGGCCUGGUGGAUCCUGGGGCUGCACUGGGGCCGCGCCGUGCCCCAGAACGCCAAGGGCCACCUGAUCGGACACAUCAAGGACCUGGGUCGCGACCCCGCUGACCCCAACACUCGCCUCUACGCCACCAACGCCGCACAGCCCUGGCACAACGACGGCCCGGCAGACCUCGUGGGCCUGCUGUGCCUGUCUGACGGCGCUGAGGGCGGCGAGAGCGGCUGGUCGUCUUCAAUCUCCGUGCACAACGAGAUCCUGCGGACCGCGCCGCACCUGGCGCGCGUGCUGGCUGACUCGUGGUUCUUUGACCGCAAGGGCGAGGUGCCUGCGGGCAAGAAGCCCUUCUUCGAGAUCCCCGUGUUCAACUACCACAAGGGCUACCUGUCCGUCAACUACAGCGACAACUACUACCACCUCAGCCAGCGCCACGCCGAGGUGCCGCGCCUGGGACCCGACCACCACGCCGCCAUGGAGCUGUUCAACUCGCUGGCGUGCUCGCAGCAGCUGUCGCUGCGCCACAUCCUGCAGCCGGGGGACGUGCAGCUGCUCAGCAACCACACCUGCCUGCACUACCGCGGCGCGUUCAGGGACAGCCCCGAGCACACGCGGCACCUGCUGCGGCUGUGGGUGUCGCCGCCCGACGACCGCCCGCUGCCCGAGGUGUACAGCGAAAUCAUGGGCGGCAGUGUGGUGCCGGGCAAGCGCGGAGGCAUCUUCAUCCAGAACGGAGCCGACCACAACCCCAUCCCGCUGGAGGCCGAGUAAGGCCGGAGUACGGAAUGACAGAACCCCAGAGGCCGCAGCAUGAGGGUAUGCCCACGGGGUAUGCCAGCUAAACUUAUUUGCUAACUUAUCCAGAGUUUGUGCAACGUUGAUUGAUUAUUUUGAGGGGCUGGUGCGCAAUUGUGCCGCACGCUUGGGCAACCUGCCAGAUGGCCAAAAUGGUAUUGAGAGGUGACAUUUAUUGUUCCGUAUGGCCGUUCAUCAAUCAAGCGGCUGCUUGGUAUUCAUGUACAUAGCCUUCCGUAGUGGACUGCCCUUCUGUUGCGGGUGAUAAGUACUGGGGGCGGAUUUGUGUAUGUGUGCGUAUGCGUGUGUGUGUGGCCCGCCGCCAUGGCAAGCAAUGGGGUUUUUGGCGCGUGUCCAUUGGAAAUUACAGCGAUGGAAGCACGAGAAUGCUAGGUGAUAGGAGAACACCGUAGCUGGGUGAGAAUAGCGUUGGUGCUUGAGUCUAGCCCUGCUGGUGUGGAGGCACUGAUGCCUUGACCUGACUCUGGCGUCCUGGAUCACAGGAUGGAGAUGUAAAGCCAGCCGUAG